AUGCAUGAGAUGGCCCCGGAAACUCCACUUCCACAAGGGAGUGGGGGAUUCUCACCGAUCCAAGGAAGAAGAGAGGAAGAUAUGGACGUAGUGGAGGAAACACACACAUUCAUACUUAAGAAGGAGGACUUCCCACCUCUUGGUCUUAAUAAAAGUAAAAAUAGGAAAAAGUGGGAAACACCAGGGGAACUGGACCUGCCAAAGAGGAGCAAAAUACCUGUUGCUCUUGGCUUUAGCCCCAAACCAGUGGAGGACGAAGAAAGCGAUGAAAAAAGAAGGCAGGACAGAUUCAUCGCUAUGAUAGAGGGAAUCGUAGUCAGAGAAAUGGACAAACGCCUGGGUUGUCCAAUUCCUACAUAUGGCGAAACACGAAAAGCCAACAAAGAGGAAACGCUUGCGCAAGCAAAACAACAACAGCAGCCAAAAGGGCCAGUUAAAGCUAGGCAAGCAGAACCAGUAGAGGAGAAAAAGAAGCCAAUGGUAAAAAAGGUGGAGGUCAUAAGGAAAGCAGUUAAGAUACUGCCAGCAACGACGCUGAACCCGCCCGCUCGACCAGCAACAGUGAGAGCCCCAGGACAGACCCUAAUAAGAAUGGGAAACACCCCCCCAGCUACAAGGGAAAGGAAGGCCAAACCAAAAGCAGCAAACAAGGCGGAGUCACGGGAAGGAACACUGCAAACCAAAACGGCAGACACAGAAAAAGGAGAAACGUGGGCUGUGGUAGCCUCAAAAAAAACAAAGAGGAAGGAAAAGGCAGAAGCCAAAGAGACGCCCAAAAAAGCCGCAACAAAUGCAGGCAGGAAAGAGCCUAAGACGGCAGCGGUAACACUGACGUGCCCCACGGGUAAAUAUGAAGAAAUAACCCAAAAGGCGCGUCAGAAAAUCGAUAUACGAAGUAUGGGAAUCGAGGGCUUCAAAAUAAAAAGGGCCAUAACGGGGGCCAUAAAAUACGAAAUCUCCGGCAAAGAUGGCAAAAAGCUGGCAGACGCUUUUGCCCUCGAACUCAGAAAAUCGGUAGGAGGAAAAGAGGGAGUCAAAGUCGAACGUCCCACAAAAAGUGCGGAAAUACGGAUUAGGGGAUUAGACGACGCCACGACCCCCCAAGAAAUAAGGAGGGUCAUCUCAGAAAUAGGUGAAUGCGAGGAAGAAGGAGUCAAGGUCGGGGACAUCAAGAGAACCCCAAGCGGAAUUGGCAUGGUAUGGGCCCGAUGUCCGCUAACGGCGGCCAAUAAAAUAGUGACCGCAACCCAAGUCAGAAUCGGAUGGGCAAUUGUAAGGGUCGAAAUGUUAGCAAAUAGACCCUUACAAUGCUAUAAAUGCUUAGAAGGGGGACACGUACGGCAGCGAUGCCCAAAUAAAGAGGACCGCAGUGAUAGAUGUUAUCGAUGUGGUGAAAGCGGGCACGAAGCCAAAAAGUGCGAGGCGGUUUUCAAAUGUCCGGUAUGCAGCGAUAAAGGCCUCCCGUCGAACCACAGAACGGGUGGGAGAUCCUGCUUACCGAUACAAAAAGGAAGAAGAGGGAUACAGCUCAGUAAAAUAAUAGGAACUCAGGACAGGAAGGAAAAAAGGGACAAGGAAGCCUCACUUCCACUUAAAAGUGGGGAGGCCUCCACGUCCCAAAGAGGAAAGAAAGGAAACGAAAGUAAAGGAACUUCGCUUCCACUCAAGAGUGGGGAAGUCCCAAUACUUCCAUACAAGGAAAGAGAAAAAGUGGACAUGCAAAAAGGGGGAAAAGGAGAAGAAGAACCUCCUAAGGAGCAGAGGGUAUUAAGGACAAGAAAGCAGGAGGAAAAAUUACCAGAAGGAGUGGGUAAGAGAAGACGAAUUAGGAAGGAAAUGCCGGAAAGAGAGGAUUCAACAUCCGGCAUGGAAACAGAGAAGGAGAACGCGGAGGGUGACGUUGCCAACUCAAAAUGGUUAACGUAA